UCCUAUUCCCGCCGGCAGGGGCGGUGCUUCUCCUGAGCACAUCUCUUCUGAACCCUCAACGUGAUGUCCAGCAAGUGGAAACAUGGCAGAUUCAGAGGGAAACGAGCGCUCUAAACAGACAGCCAUCAUCAACCACGCUGCAGAUGAAGGAGAUGAGAAGUCUCUUGCUGAAAUUCAGAAAGCAAAGAAUGAAGGUAAGGAGCUGACAAAAGAAGAAAAACUACGUCUGAGGAAAGAGAAGAAACAACAGAAAAAGGGCAAGAAAGAUGACAAGGGUCCAACGGAAAAAGCGCCUGUUAAAGAAAAAACAGCAAAUCCUCCAGCUUCCUCUCAACCAGUUACGCAAAAUGCAGCACAGAAAGCCCCAUCUGCAGUGUCUGUGCCGGUCAGUGAGUCCACUGCACCUACAGACAAGUCAGCUAAGAGCAAAGCAGAGUUGAAGGCUGAGAGGCGAGCACGCCAAGAAGCGGAACGGGCAUCAAAACAGGCCAAGAAAGAGCCAGGUUCACAAGCCCCCUCCAGCAAGUCGAAAGCUCCGCCGAGUGAGCUCCAGCCAGCGGUAAAACGAUUACCGGAGCAUAUCCAAGUGGACGAUCCAGCUGUGGUGAGAAAACUUGCCAAGAAGCUGGAAAGACAACAGAAGUCAGGGCAAGGAACCAGUUUAAAUGUAUCUCGAGUCAAGAUCCCACUGAGGUCAGACUAUGGCUACAAAGUCAGCCUGUUCUCGCACCUACACCAGUACAGCCGCAAAGCCCCCCUCACCCAGCAGAUCAGCAUUCCUGCCACAGUUAUCCACCCCUCCAUUGUGCGGUUGGGUCUGCAGUACUCACAGGGUAUCGUAGCUGGUUCCAAUGCUCGUUCUGUGGCCCUGCUGCAUGCCUUUAAGCAGGUGAUUCAAGACUACAGCACUCCUCCUAAUGAGGAGCUGGCCAGGGACCUAGUGAAUAAACUGAAGCCCUACAUAAGUUUUCUCAAUCAGUGUCGCCCUCUCUCUGCAAGCAUGGGUAAUGCAAUCAAGUACAUAAAGAAGGAGAUAUCCAAUAUACCCAGUCAGUGUAAAGAAGAGGAGGCCAAGAAGAAACUGUUAUCGUGUGUUGACAGCUAUGUAAAUGAGAAGAUCACAUUAGCCGCGAAAGGCAUCUCUAAAUAUGCAAUUGAUAAGAUUAGUGAUGGAGACGUCAUUCUAGUGUACGGAUGCUCUUCACUUGUCAAUCACAUCCUGUGUGAGGCCUUUGAGAAGCAGAGGAAGUUCAGAGUCAUUGUGGUGGACAGUCGGCCCAGGCUGGAGGGCAGGGAAGCACUGAGGCGUUUGGUGAACCGGGGCAUACGAUGUACUUACGUGCUCAUUUCUGCCGUCUCCUAUGUUCUGCCUGAGGUAUCCAAGGUGUUUCUUGGGGCUCAUGCACUUCUGGCCAACGGAUACGUGAUGUCCCGUGUGGGAACGUCUCAAAUCGCCCUGGUGGCAAAGGCCUAUAAUGUGCCUGUGCUGGUCUGCUGUGAGACCUACAAGUUCUGUGAACGAGUGCAGACGGAUUCCUUCGUAUCUAAUGAACUUGAUGACCCUGACGACCUGAUUGUGACUCGGAAGGGAAAGACACAUCUGGCGGACUGGCAGAGCGAGACGUCCUUGGGCCUGCUGAACUUGGUGUAUGAUGUAACACCUCCAGACUUUGUUGACCUGGUGAUCACAGAGUUAGGCAUGAUCCCCUGUACUUCUGUGCCUGUAGUACUACGAGUUAAGAACGUGGAUCAGUAAAGAAAGCGGCUUCUGCUUUGCAUUUGUGCAUUCACAAACCUUAACACAGUGGGCUUUUGGCAUAAAAUAAACCUGUAUCUAAAAUGGCACAUGCUUUUAAUCAAA